CCCUCCCUCAUCAGGUUUCGCUUUAAGGAAAGCCAUAUCACACAAAGCUGGGAGCACUCAAAGGAGCACAAGCCACAAGUCAGACCCAAGGGUGAAACCCAUAAAACAAACAAAAAAAAGAGUUGCAGCAUUGUCAGAGCCUCUCUCUCUCCCUUUCUCUCUCAACAACUCCAAAAUAAGAGUAGCCAGCUGCCCAGCCUUACCCCUAGACCAUAUUGGAAUCCGCAAUUCGCUUUCGGGGUUAUUGGGUUCCGGAUCUAUCACCCAAUUCGCCAACACUCGCUUUUUCUUGAGUUUCCCGAACGUCUUCAUGUUCCCUUCCGUUGUCUCUACAGGGAAGGGACCCUCUCUGCAUAUCCUUUUUAUUCUCUGCUAAACACUAAAAAUAAUCGCUCUUGCUAUUUUUACCGUUUUAACACACUACAACAAGUGUUUGUCUGCAUUACUUUGCAAUUUUGCAUGGCGGGGAAUCCCCCACCUGAGGGAUUAGGAGAUGAUUUCUUUGAGCAGAUCUUGGCAGUGCAGCCAGGCUACGGUGGUGGUGGUGAAACCGGUGGAGCGGAGGUGGUGGGGUCCACCAUGCCCAUGAUGGGUUUGCAGUUGGGGACUCCUGGUGGUGGUGGGUUGAGGACUAAUAAUAUGGGAAUGAUGCCUUUAGGGUUGAACUUAGAACAUCAUGGAUUCUUGAGGCAACAAGAAAAUGGUGGUGGUGCUUUAGAAAACAUCAAUCAUGCCAAUAAUAAUUCUUCCUCAUCUUGUACAGCUUCUGGAAUCAAUGAAAGAGAUUCUGUGCACAUGGCAAGUUUGUUCCCAACGUUUGGACAGUUGCAAACCCAGUCAAUCCGCCCUACACCACCACCACCUCCGCCACCUGGUCUAUCACCGCACCACCAGCCAUUUCAUGGUCAGCCAACACCAGGAGCAGUUUCUGCUGUAUCACAGCCACCUGCCAUUCGCCCAAGGGUGCGAGCAAGGCGAGGACAAGCAACAGAUCCUCACAGCAUUGCUGAGCGGUUACGUAGGGAGAGGAUUGCAGAGAGAAUGAAGGCUUUGCAGGAGUUAGUUCCUACUGCCAACAAGACAGAUAGAGCAGCCAUGCUUGAUGAAAUCGUGGAUUAUGUGAAGUUUCUAAGGCUCCAAGUGAAGGUUUUGAGCAUGAGUAGACUGGGUGCAGCAGGUGCAGUGGCUCAGCUUGUAGCUGAUGUUCCAUUAUCAUCAGUCGAGGGAGAGAGCAAUGAAGGAGCAAAUCAGCCGGCUUGGGAGAAGUGGUCAAAUGAUGGCACUGAGCAACAAGUAGCUAAGUUAAUGGAAGAAGACAUAGGUGCUGCUAUGCAAUUCGUUCAGUCCAAGGCACUUUGCAUCAUGCCCAUAUCACUUGCUUCGGCAAUCUUCCAAACUCACCCACCAGAUGCACCUUCAAUUGUCAAGCCUGAAUCAAACACCCCAUCAUAAUCCUAAUCAAGAAUUAAAUACCUUCAUGUGCUUGUUAAUCACUCCAGCAGGCAUCUGGGUCCCAAGUCUAGUUGUAGUCCCAUAGUUAUAGCAACACUCGGUUGAAGUUUCUAACUUACUACUAGAAAAGCGAAAACAAUAAAAAAAAAAAAUAAAUAAAAAUCAAUUCACUCGGUGCAACUGUUCAUUCUCUUUUCUCAAGUUUUGUCAAAGGAGGAGUCAUUUUCAUGUCGAGGAAGAAAAAAUCACGGGCACUUGAUGCUAUGUGUUAUGGUCAAGGCAAGCCAAAGUAUUCAAAAGCUCCAUUGAUGUCCUCCUGUUUUCAAUAUCUGUGGUGGGGUUAGUGGAGAAUGGCCAAAACUAUUAGUACUGAGAAUUCUCUGUAUCUAUUUCUCUUUUGGAUGGUAGGAAUGUAGGGCCCUUCAAAAGGGAUUGAUGGGUAAUGGGUGCAUGAUGUAUUGGAGAAAUUUGAAUGCAAGUUGAAAUAGAUAAUUGUAGGUUGUCUUAUAAAGCUAUAUUCGAAGCUUCAUGCUUUGUCAAAAAUAAUUAUGAUGGUUUGAUUGUUUA